UAUAAGAUAGGCCAAAGAGUUUUUGCCGCUAACCCGUCUGACACACUUUCAGCAGAGGAGAAACUAGAUACCUGCCAUUAUGAACAAGCUACUGGUUAUCACGGUUGUCAUUGCUCUCCUUGCUCUGGGAGCAGAGAGCUUCCGCGUGCCCAGGCAGGCUGAGGAGGAGAAGGGAACCAUUGCCACUGUGGUGAACACACUUAAGUCCUACUAUGACCAGAGUGUUGACACUGCCAGCGGCUAUGUAGAGACCAUCAAGGGCUACAAACUGGAUGAGAAAGCCAAGAACCUGUAUGAAGACACAGUUCGAGCUGUCAGCACCUACACUGGCAUCUUCAACGACCAGCUAUACCACAUUUUGUACCCUCAAGACAGCUCCUAAAUCACAUAGUAUCACACCUCAACAAGACUUCAACUCUUUCUGGUCCUGAGUCCGUCACCACACUUGAACCACAAUCGUAUGUAUCCCACAAGGCGGCGGCACAGUCUGAGGUGAAAACGUGACUGUUGAACUCUUGUCUCCCAAUGGCCUGUUACCUUUGCUCUGUCAAAAUACUGCAAAAGCUCAUAGCACCCUGACACACAUCAGUGGAUAAAUAUGAUGUGAAGUUCUGGGGUAAAAUCAGGUAUAAUGCUCAAAACAAUCUGUUUUUGGAUGAAGGUUAAAACAGAAUCAUCGACUAUUUCAUUGUAGUUUACCUGUACAGAUUAAAGAAACCCUUGUAUUAUAUCAACUUUUAGUGGUUCUGUGUCCAUGAGCAUUCACAAA